AGAUCAUUGAAGAAAAUAUCAUAACAAAUUCCAAUAUCGAUCCUGACCUUAUCUCGAUCCCACCAUAUUCACCUGAUUCAAUAUGGCACGCAUUAUCCUCGUCCUCGGCGCCGGCUCCAACGUCGGCGCAGCCCUUACCACCAAAUUCCAAAGCCUGGGAUACAAACUCGCCCUCGUCUCCCGCUCGACCCCCAAGCCCUCUUCCGAGAACAUUCUACACCUCCAAGCCGACCUAACUGACCCCAACGUGUACUGCAGCAUCUUCACCCGCAUCCGCGAGUCUUUCGGCGGCACACCCAGCGUCGUCGUCUUCAACGCCGCCUUACUCUCGCCCAGUACCGAACCAGGCAAUAUCUUCGCCGUCCCGCUCGACGCGUUCCAACGAGACUUGAAUUUGCAGGUCAAGGGGCCUUAUGUAGCGGCGGGGGAGGCGUAUAAGCUGUGGAGUGAAGAGGAGAAAGUGGGUGGGGGAGGGGAAAAGAAGCAGUUCAUAUUCACGGGGAAUGCACAGUGGAACACGUUGUUGCCGCUUUAUCAGUUUGUCACCUUGGGGGUGGCGAAGAAUGCAAGCGCUUACUGGUUGGGGGUUGCGGAUAAGAUGUAUAGGGAGAGAGGGUUUCGAUUCUUCUUCACGGACCAGAGGAAUGCCCAGGGUGGACCGGCUGGUGUGGCUGGGCCGGAGGAGCAUGCUGAGAUGUACUCGAGGAUUGUGCAGGAUCCGGAUGCAUUCCCUUUCUUGGUUCCGUUCGUUGAUGGGACGAAGCUUGAGGAUUUGGGGAACACGAGGUGGGAAUGAAAAGGUGGAAUAACGUGAUGAGGGGUAAUGCGUAUCUUGUCAUGCAGAGCGUAGGUGAUGCUACUCUCGACCUGUAAUAUUAUGGAUUCUUUCAAAUGUAUGCCUUGAGAGUACGGCAUGCGUAUCAUUGUCCUUCCCACGGAAUCCAGUUUCCCGGUUUGGUGUUAGAGUGAUUACUGAGUCACUUGGGCCUUAUGAGCAAGCCAGGGCAGCUUCUUCAGAUUCCUCUCCAACUGGGCGCUGGGAUGUAGGUUAGAGCACUCAACCGAUGUAUGCGUGAUUCUCGC